GGGCGUCAUCCAAUCUGAAUAAGGCGUGCGCCUCGGCUGCAAACCGAAAGAUAACCCAGCAUUGUGACGUGAGGCGUGGCGAGAAAAAGCCAACUGGACCCAAAACAACCACCGAAGGAUGGACAUUUAAAGGAGCAAAGUUGUAACCAAGCGCUUCUUUAUUUUCACCAUGAAAGGACAUUUAAAUGCAUUGCGCAGCUCCCGCAUCAACACAGGUGACCAUUUUUAAACUCAUCUUUCUACCUUCUGGAUUCUGGAUUCUCACACGUGCAGCCCAGCAGCCCCCAGCAGCUGGAGCACGACCACCAGGACCUCCAGCGCCCUUUGCUUUUAACGGCGCUUUGAUUGACGCAUGUCAGAAACAUUUACUGUGUAAUCUGUCCCUCUCCCGGAGUCAAGACGUUGUUCCGCGUAGAACCGGGUUGCCCCAGUCCGAACAGCUGUGUCCGGGUGGGAAGGUCGGCGCUCGGCGUCCUCCAGGGCGGAGACAUGAUGGCCCACUGUGCCGGGUGCGAGCGGCCCAUCCUGGACCGGUUCCUGCUCAACGUGCUGGACCGCGCGUGGCACGCGAAGUGCGUCCAGUGUUGCGACUGCAGCCUCAACCUCACGGAGAAGUGCUUCUCUAGGGACGGGAAGCUCUAUUGCAAAAUGGACUUUUUCCGACGCUUUGGGACGAAAUGCGCGGGAUGCCUUCAAGGGAUCUCUCCCAACGACCUAGUGCGCAAGGCACGGAACAAGGUGUUCCACCUCAACUGCUUCACGUGCAUGGUCUGCAACAAACAGCUGUCCACGGGCGAGGAGCUCUACGUCAUAGACGAAAACAAGUUCGUGUGCAAAGAAGAUUAUCUGAGCUCCGGAACGAUCAAGGAAGUCAGCUUGAAUUCAGUAUCGUCAUGUACGGACAGAAGUUUAUCGCCGGAUCUGCAGGAUCCGAUACACGACGACAUAAAGGAGACAGACAAUUCCACGUCAUCCGAUAAGGAAACGAACAAUAACGAGAACGAGGAGCAGAACUCGGGGGGCACGAAGCGGCGCGGGCCGCGGACCACCAUCAAGGCCAAGCAGCUCGAGACGCUCAAGGCCGCCUUCGUCGCGACGCCAAAACCCACGCGUCACAUCCGGGAGCAGCUGGCCCAGGAGACGGGAUUAAAUAUGCGCGUUAUCCAGGUAUGGUUCCAGAACCGGAGGUCCAAAGAACGACGCAUGAAGCAGUUGAGUGCUCUUGGGGCCAGGCGACACGCCUUCUACAGGGGGCCCCGUAGGAUGCGGCCCCUGGGGGGCCGGCUGGAGGAUGCUGACAUCCUGGGGCCCGGGGCCUACGGCUACUAUGGAGAGUACCAGGGCGACUACUAUGGCCCAGGGAGCACCUAUGACUUCUUCCCCCACGGACCCCCCUCCUCUCAGGCUCACUCCCCCGCCGAGUCCCCCUACAUCCUGGGCUCGGGCCCCGGGGGCCUGGAGGGCUCCGGUCCGGGCCACCACCCGUCAGACGACCAGCGCUUCACGGACAUGAUCUCCCACGCGGAGACGCCCAGUCCGGACCCGGGUCUGCCCGGGUCCCUGCAGACGGUCCCGGGGGAGGCGUAUGGGGGAGGACCCAGCCCCCCAUUCUCCCUGGCCAGCAACUCCAGCUACAGCGCCCCCAUGUCCCACCAGGGGGGGGAGAUGGGGGAGACGGCGGCCUGGUAGAGAGGGGCUGGGGGGAGGACUAUGGACUAAAAUCCCCCCUUUUUUCCAAUCAAUUCAGGAGAUUGUGCAAAAUCCAAUUUCUGGCGCGCAAGAACCCUUCACGUUUCUAAGGAGGUCUUUAGAAUAAUGGACUUGUUUUCAAUGACUUUCCUCCAUUUUUUUGGACUUCAGAUAACACAAAGAUAAAGGGCAAGGGUUGGAAUAUGGAGAAAACACACACAAAAACAACUGAUUGGCCAUAAACAAAGCCCAAAGAUUAGUCCCCUGUGGACAUGGGACUGGGGUACAAGAGGUAAACCAUCGACCGUUCAGCUCUGCAAAAAAAAAGCUAUACGAAAACAUGUCACCAACACUGGACGAUAAUGAAGGUAUCUGCUUCUUUGUGGAACUUUCUAGAGACACAGCAAACAGGUCAAAAGGAAAAGCUUCUUUUCCACUUUUACUCUUCCUUUCAUGAAGGCAUCGCUCUGCAGAAGAGUGUUUGUUUGUGUUCCAUUGCUUCAGCUGGCUUCACAACUCUGUUGCUAUUCAUGCCAUAAUAUUCACAGUUUGAAGGCCAGCUUUCAAUAAAUGCUUUAAUGGUUCUGCUCGUA